UACAAAAAGACCUUGUUCCGCACCACUGCCGACCAGUUUUGCGCAAACCUCUUGAAAAUUCCCACUCCGUCCCCGACAAGACGAAUUCCUCAAUGCAAAAUUCCCUUCUGCUGGAAAUCUUCGGUCGCAGUCGUGCUCCAUCUCUGGUCGUCGUUGUUUGCGUGCUCCUCGUCUUUCCCAUUGACAAGCGUCAGCGGUUCUCGGUGUGGUGAAUUUCGCCGUCGCUGUGUGUGGUGUUGCGCGACGAAUGCAGACUUCGUUUUCCCAUUCACAACCGAGUCCUGAGAUUCAGAACAGUCCCCUGAGUGCAUUCGGUCCAAGGCUCCGUGGUUCCGUGGUCAAACAAAAAGCCAACAGGAGUUCCCUUCCGGACGGGAGGAAUAGACUGGAAAGCGCAGCGGAAGUGGAAGGUUCCUGCGAAGGUGCUUGGUCGCGGCGAGAAGCAGAGCAAGGUGUCGUUCUGCGAGUUUUUGUGUCGUGGGUGAGCCGAGCGCCCGUGAAAUUGUGCAAGAGAAAUGUCGGGCAGGUCCGCGUAGCGCUGCACCGUUCGGUGAAAAGCGACCGAACUCCCAGCGGAGAAGAAGGAAAAUCGCCUGGAAAAGUUGUGAGUGCGCGAAUGCAGGCCGAGUCCCUGAAGGGAAACAGUGCAUAGAGUCGAGUGCUCGGCGCCUGCGAAGCCUCCACGCGAAGAAAGAGGUCCCAGCGAGCGGGGAGAGGUUCGGACGCAUCCCUGUCUGCUCCUUUAUCCUUUGUGUGUGACGUUUGGAAGCGACUCCGGAGCGCCCCGCCGUCCCCCCACGUCGAUCGAACUGCAUCGAAGCAGCAAGACUCGGGGCAGCCAGUGAAAAUCUUUCGACUGCAAAGUUGUCUUGUCCGCCGAGUUAGCUCGAGUGUUGUUUGUUGUUUGUGCGCCGCGGAAAAUCCACAAUAGCCGCCGCAGCCGAGUGGCAAUUCGCAACGCCGGGAAUUGGGCGACACACACGGAACGGGAAAAGUCGUCGCUGGCGGUGCCGUGAAAAUUGUGUGAAAUUUCGUGUGUGGGCACGGUGACGAAUUUUCCUCAUUUCCCUUGGCAGAGACUGACACGAGCCGUAGUUUUCCGUGAGUUUCGAUUCUGACUUCGACUAGCCGCAAGCCGAGUCUCCGCGAGUUUUCUGCAGUAAAAUUUUCCGCAUCGCGUUCUGCUACUCGAGAUCCGUUCCCGGUGGCUUUGGCUUCCCGUUUCGUCCUCGAAUUGUGCGACAGUGAACCGUCAGGGAUCCUGGCCUUUUGCGCGAGUAAAGGAUGAAGUUGUGAAAAUUCGGAGGAAAUUGCUCGUUCGGGAAAGUGCAUUUCGUGCGAAGUGUGGCAAGUGUUGUUUAUCCGGUCCGCUGUGCUUCUGUGGGUGCAGUUGCAGGCGACGCCCGAGGUCCCGAGACUGCAGGUGGAUCGAAAGGUGCACGAAUCGCAGGAUUGAAUGCAAAAAAUAUGGAUACAUCGUAACCGUGAUGUUUGUAGCGGCAGCCAAACUGAAUUGGAAUAAUGAAAUGUAAUCGAGUCAUUAGCAUUUCCAUCAAUCUGGAACGAAAAUGAAAUGAUAAUGCCACACAUUACCGAACUACGAAAGUAAUGCACUACUAUUGAACCGAAGGGAUAUUUUUCUAUUAGAUUGUUGCGAAGUGGAUAACUAACGGCUAAACAAUUUUUCGUCACUAUAGAGAAAAAGUUCUCUAUUUUCCAAAAGAAUUUUUCAUCUCCAGAAAAAAGAGAGAAAUCAAAGAGAGAAAUAAGUGUAUGAAGAGCAGUUAGUUGAAUGUUACUACAAUUAUUAUGUUCUAUUUACUGCAUCGAGAAGUUACCCAAAUUACCCCGUACUACCCUUCCUAUAGAAAAUGAUGUCUGAUAUUAGGAAGGAUACAACGCAAACGAUUACGACUAUUACAUCUACAACUACUACAACUAGUAACGCGAUAAAAACUAAAUUAAAAGCCGAUAUGCCUGCGUCUGUAUCUGGUCUGAAACGUUUCCGACAACUAGAAUCUCUAAUCUUAGAAAAUGGCGCAUCAACUGUAUUUUUGGGAUCCGGUGAUGCCACCACCACGGAUUUACCACCGAAUCCGGGAAAAAUGAUAUCAAUCGAGGCUUUACUCGAUAGUUUACUGGUGCUGUACGACGAAUGCUGUAAUUCAUCAUUACGACGCGAAAAGACUGUCUCCGAUUUUAUAGAAUUAGUUAAACCAGUUAUACAAGUAAUCAAACAAUUGCGAUUGUCGCGCGAUGAUUUUGAAGUGCUCAAAGUUAUCGGACGCGGAGCCUUCGGUGAAGUCUGCGUUGUUCGAAUGGUCUCCACAAAUCAAAUUUAUGCCAUGAAAAUUCUCAACAAAUGGGAAAUGUUAAAACGAGCUGAAACAGCAUGUUUCCGAGAGGAGCGUGAUGUUUUGGUGUAUGGCGAUAGAAGAUGGAUAACAAAUUUACAUUAUGCAUUUCAAGAUGAUACAAAUUUGUACUUAGUUAUGGAUUACUACUGCGGUGGAGAUCUACUUACCUUGCUCAGUAAAUUCGAGGAUCGCCUACCCGAAGAUAUGGCGAAAUUUUACAUAGCCGAAAUGAUUUUAGCCAUCAAUAGUAUACACGAACUGCGAUACGUUCAUCGUGAUAUAAAACCUGAUAAUUUAGUACUGGAUGCAAAUGGCCACAUACGAUUAGCAGAUUUUGGAUCCUGUUUGAAACUAGGUCCAGGCGGAACGGUACAGUCUAAUGUAGCCGUGGGAACGCCUGAUUAUAUUUCACCUGAAAUAUUGCGUGCAAUGGAAGAUGGACAAGGACGAUAUGGACCUGAAUGCGAUUGGUGGUCACUGGGUGUAUGCAUGUAUGAAAUGAUCUAUGGAGAAACACCAUUUUAUGCAGAGAGUUUGGUGGAAACAUACGGAAAAAUUAUGAAUCAUAAAAAUUGUUUCGAUUUUCCACCCGAUGACGCUAUAGAUUUCCAUGUUAGUGAUAAUGCUAAAGAUCUAAUGAGAAGGUUGAUUUGUUCGCCUGAUUAUAGACUUGGACAGAAUGGCAUUGAGGACUUUAAGUCCCAUCCUUGGUUCGAAGGUAUCGAUUGGGAUACAAUACGCCUUAGUCAAGCGCCUUAUAUACCCGAAGUAUCAAGUCCAACCGACACAUCUAAUUUCGACGUGGACGAUAACGAUAUUCGUCUCUCAGACGCAGUCCCACCGACCGCAAAUCCCGCCUUCUCAGGUCUUCACCUACCCUUUGUCGGCUUCACUUACACUCAAAAUAGUUGCCUAUCGGAUGUAGGAAAAAUUGCACGUCUUCUUGAUAUCAUUACCGAUCAAGAGGCUGAUGUGAAAACUAACAACAUCACAUCAGGACCAGAAGAUAAACGUUUAAGUCCAGAUAGUACACGACGCCUACAAGAUGAAAUCAAUGUCCUGACGAAAAGGAAUUGUGAAUUAGAGAAUCAAAUCAAGAGUUUCGAACGUCAGGAAUUGUUACAAAACAAAAUAGCAGUAGCAUCAACGAACAACUCCCACAUGACACCAUCCUCGCUCGAUUCAAUCGAUGGUCAUCAACAGCAAAUACAACAGUUUGAAGCGAAAAUCAAGGAAUUAGAACGACAAGUGAGGGGACUUAAACAGGAAAAGGAGGAUGUAACGAAGGAGAAAGUGGACGCUCUUGAACGUUUGAAAAUGCAAGACAUCGAGUUGAAGGAUGCAUUGAGUCAACGUAAGCUGGCUAUGACUGAGUAUUCAGAAGUCACGGAUAAAUUAUCUGAGCUGAGAAGUCAAAAACAAAAAUUAUCACGGCAGGUCCGAGAUAAAGAGGAGGAGCUCGAUACAGCCAUGCAAAAGGUGGAUAAUCUUCGAAAUGAGAUACGCAAGGCCGAGAAAAACCGUCGCGAAUUAGAGUCUCGUAUAGAAGAUGCCAUCGCGGAAACAACCAAAGAGCGUAAAUUACGCGAACGAUCCGAAGAAGUCUGCCGUCAACUACAGGCUGAGGCGCGUACGCGUAGUACCUCGGAUCUGGGAUCCUCCUCUUCCCUAGGAUUAUCUUCAGAUGCCUCCCGACUGGAAAUGGACCGUCUUGAAGUUCAAUAUUCAGAAAAAUUGAAUCAGCAACAAUCUCGAUUCAAUCUUGAACUUGCAUCCUUGCGUGAUCAAUUGAAUGAAGCAGAAAAGCAUCGUGAUAUCUUGUAUCGUGAAUUGCAACAGACUCGUGAGAAGUUCGAUUCGAGUCGUCUAGAAUCAAUAACAGAUUCGGAGGAAACAAUAUCGGAAUUAAGAAAACGAUAUGAACGGGAGAAAACGUUGUGGUUAGAUGAAAAACGAAAAUUUUUAGCUGAAAUAGAAUUAAUAUCGGAUAAUGCGAGAAGAAUGCAAGCACAACAGAUGCAAGUGGAGGGUGAUUAUGAGGAGUUGAGAAAUAAACGGCAAGCCAUUAGCCAAUGGGAGCGACAAAUGGCUGAGAUUAUACAAUGGGUAUCUGAUGAAAAAGAUGCUCGAAGCUACCUCCAAGCAUUGGCUACAAAAAUGACCGAAGAGUUGGAGUAUCUAAAACACGCAGAAUCAAUUCCAGGGUCUUUGCAUCAAAGUAACUCUGAUAAGAACUGGCGUAAUAGAAGAUCACAGAAACUCGAUAAGAUGGAACUGUUGAAUCUUCAAAGUUCUCUACAGAGCGAAAUACAAGCAAAGGCUGCUAUAUCUGAAGAAUUGAGUCGUACACGAGCUGAUUUGGUCGCAGCACAAAAAGACCUUCGUGAAGCACGACAACGGUGCGACUCGUAUGGUCAUGACAUGAAACGCAAGGAUAGUCAAAUUCGUGAUUUACAACAACGACUUGAAUCAACGGAAGGAUUCUUGGAGCGACCGUCGUCUCAGAUGUCUUAUUUAGAUCACUUCCUGAAAGAAUCGAGUGGAGGUGGAGGACGAGGUGGGCCUGAUGCAGCGAGCAUAGGAGGACCAGGUUCCACGCAACAUUCAGUCACAACUCUGGGUGGAAAUAUGCACCCAUCAUCAAAUUCCAUUUCCCAGCCAUCUCCGCAUCAACAAAAUGCCUCUUCAGCAUCAUCUUCCUCUAAUAAUAUCCAUAACCAACAGCACAUGGUAGCCCAACUUCAACACCAACAACAACAGCAGCAGAUGCUUCUUCAACACUCUGGCUAUUCCAUGGAAAGUGAAGAAGGUGACAUCGAAGACAACCGAGCUCAUAGCCUUUCGAGCUCCAAGAGUAAUUUGAGUGAUAACUCAAUCGAUCAGCAAAGCAUGCACAGCUCUGUUCUUACUAAACAAAAAGUUCAUCAAUUCCUCGUCCGGACGUUUAGUAGCCCAACGAAAUGUAACCAUUGUACAUCACUUAUGGUAGGCCUAACACGACAAGGUGUUGUUUGCGAACUUUGUGGGUUCGCAUGUCACACAGUCUGUUGUCAGAAAGUUCCUACAACGUGUCCGGUGCCAUCGGAUCAAACAAAGCGGCCCCUAGGGAUUGAUCCAACCCGGGGUAUCGGCACUGCCUACGAGGGUUAUGUGAAAGUACCGAAAAUGGGAGCUGUAAAACGAGGCUGGGUUAGACAAUUCGUUGUAGUUUGCGACUUCAAGCUAUUCCUGUACGACAUAACAGCAGAUCGAAGUGCCCUGCCUAGCGUACAUGUCUCGCAAGUCUUGGAUAUGCGAGAUCCAGAAUUUGCAGUGACUGGGGUACGCGAAAGUGAUGUUAUACAUGCUGCUAAGAAGGAUGUUCCUUGUAUAUUUAGGAUAAAAACAUCACUUAUUGAUGGAGGACCAUCAUCACAUACACUCAUGUUAGCGGACACCGAGUCAGAGAAAACUAAAUGGGUGGUAGCGCUUAGCGAACUACAUCGAAUACUGAAACGAAAUAAUUUACCAAACACUGCAAUAUUCCGUGUACGAGAGGUGCUAGAUAGUUCAUCGUUGCCUGUAAUACGUAGUGCGUUGAGCGGUCUCAUUAUUGAUCCCGAACGGAUAUUGAUUGGAACGGAAGAUGGUUUGUUCUGUGUGGACCUUGAUCAAAGCGAAAUUGCACGAAUCGGUGAAAGUAAGAAAAUCAUUCAACUAUGGCACAUAGUUGAAGAACAAAUUCUAGUCGUUCUAUGUGGCAAACAGCGGCAUGUACGUCUGUUGCCUAUUCGAGCCUUAGAGGCCACCGACGUUGAAUGGAUUAAAGUGGCCGAAUCGAAAAAUUGCAUCACUGCCUGUACAGGAAUAAUUCGACGUAGCCCACAAUCUAUAUAUUGUAUUGUUAUAGCACUCAAACGACCAAAUAAUCAAUCACAAAUUAUUGUUUAUGAGAUCAAUCGAAAUCGUACGAGACAUCAUAAGAUGUGUGAAUUCACCGUUGCCUAUCCCGUUCAAAGUUUACAAAUUUUAACGGAUAUGCGUUUGGCUGUAGGACAUCAAAGUGGUUUUACAGCGUAUUUCUUGCAGGGCGAAGCUCAGGCAAUGUCUCUAGUCCAUCCAGAAAAUCAAUUAUGCGCCUUCUUAAACUAUUCAGGAGUAGAUGCAUGUCGUGUCAUUGAAAUACAGGGGCAAGGAAGCACCGGUUACGGGGAAUAUCUUUUAGUAUUUCAAACAUUAGCCAUUUAUGUAGAUUUACAAGGACGCAAGUCGAGAGAUCGUGAAAUUAUGUAUCCAGCAGUACCAGUGCAGAUAACGUACUGCGACGGUCACCUCCUAGUCUUCUCUGAAACACAUCUAGAUGUGUUCAAUACACAAACGGCCGAAUGGGUACAGUCGAUUGGUCUGAAACGCUCAAGACCGCUUAGUAAUCAAGGAAAUUUAGCUAUUACGUUUAUUAAUGAUUUGCCACUUGUUAUAUAUUUAGCUAAUAUGCAUACAAGAGAGCUACUUAAUACACAAUUCUCGGAUAGAGAUGGUAGAAUCAAACCAAAACGAAGAUUUUCAAUGAGAGAAGGCAACAGAACUAUUCGAACAACCGAUCGACGAUCUAAAAUGAUUUCGGCACCGACAAAUUUCAAUCAUAUAUCACAUAUGGGUCCUGGAGAUGGAAUUAAAAAUCAACGAUUAGUUGAUUUGCCAACAACAAUUGAGACAGCAGAUCAAACAAAUCAACAAAGAGCGACAACGAUAAGACAUGCCCCACCCCCGCCAAGGGCACCACCUCGACCAAUUCUUCCAAAUGGUGCGAAACGUAUCGCACCGCCCCGCCCUCGAGAACAACCGCCAUCAUUACCACGCUCGCCUAGUCCAUUAGGAAGUAUGUCUUCCCUGCAUGAUGUUUUAAGGGUGGUUGAUAUGCAAUCAGGUUCGAGGCAUAGUGUUGCUAGCAACAAUUCUAGUUCGGUUUCAAGUCCACCGUCGCCAAGUGGUGAUCGCUUAAGCUCUAGCUAUGACUCGACGAAGUAAGUGGUUUGAUUGCGUGGAGUCAAGAAAUGCAAACAGCGACGGAGGAGAUAUACGAAGCGGCGAAAAAUCUACGAAAGCAAAAGGGUUUUAAUUAUUAUUAUUAGAACAAAUAUUUCAAUCAGAAACCAACAUUUUUUUUAUUUAAUUUAAUAUGAAAAUAAUAAUUGUGUAGUUCAGCAAAACCAACAAAUAAGAAUCUUAAAAAUCGUAGCCCUAUUAUUUUUUCUAAAGAAAAUAAUUUUUGUAUAUUUUACACUUUUAUUGUAAAAAUGAAAAUCAAGUAGAAACGCAAAAGGCAGAAAACAAACUUCUCUUAAAAACAAUCAAAACUUAUUUAUAUUAAAUUAUUUAGUUGAAAUAUUGUGUUAAUUCUUACCACAAAAAAAAGAUCCGUUAGUAAUGAAGUAAAUAACAUUCAAACGUUAUUCUAAGGUACAAUAAACAAAAAAAGAAGAAAUAAGUGUAAAGCAAUCUCAGAAAAUUUUUCAUGAAAAUAAGUGUUGAAAGUAGCAUAUAAUCAUUUAGAUGUAAAACUUAUGUUUCAUUAAAGAAAAUCUUGCUAUAUACCACAUCCCAACCCCCCAAAUAACCGGUCGGGAAACUUCUCUCAUCCAGGAAAGUAACUGGCAAAGCCCCGAGUAUCUGACAUGACUCGAUUUGGCAUCUUCUCGUUGAUUUUCAACGACUUCAAGAGAAUUCAAUGUUUGUGACUUUGUGAUAUUGGCAGCCACGUUAAAAGUAUUAUUUUACUAGAACACAUCCAAUAAUGCGUAAUUGAUCACAAUGAGGGAAUGUGUUAUUGCAAUGCAGCUUGAUUCAUCACUGAAAUAAAAUUAUAUAUAUAGAAAUGUAUUUUUUUUUAAAUCUUUUUCUAUUGUUUUUGUAAUAUUAUUUUUUGCUAAAAUUAAUAUAUUGUUUGAAUUAAAUUUUUCAUGUGUUGUCACAUGUUGAUAUUUACAUAACAAUUAACGCGGUAUACUUGGAAUUGUAUGCCCUACUAUGGAGGAAAAUCUCAAUUUUUUUUUAAUACAAACCUACACUUUAUAAACAUUAAAUAAUAUAUAUAUUUAUAAAAUUGUACCUUGUCUAUUUCAUUUUGAAUUAUUUUUCUGUAUAAUUUAUAAAUAUCCGUGCACUAAACAAACAAAUCUUUUUUUAUUUAGUUUUAGUUUUUUUCUCUCUUUUUUGUUAUCUUUAUACAUUAAGCCGAUACAUUGAAUAAAGUGAAUUUCAAAAUGACAA